AUGAGCAAACCAGUUCAUCAGGCCUCCUACGACCCACAUGAUCCUGGUCGAGCGUCAGGAAACCCACUCGUUGUAAUUAAGUUUGGAGAUGAAAACAUUCUUGGCUGCGCUACAUCUGGAUGUCUGAAUUCAGUUGCGCUUCUAGGCCUCGAGAAGUCCACUGGCAGCAAUGGAGAGCUGAGGUCGCACAUUUUUCGAAAGAACCGUCCCGUCGUAUCGUCACAGGUGAUCUCUCAUAACUCGGAACUCAUCAAUGACCUGGUCAUGACAGAUUGGGAAAUCGGAAGCUCGGAGCCCAGCAGGGUGCUGGCGUCCACUCAGAAAUCGCUCAGCUUUGCAGAAGUUUCUGCGAAUGACUAUAAGCCCACAAUUAAGUGGGUUGAUCAAUUCUCGUUUCCUAUGCCGUUAUCCUGUGCCUUGAACCCUCUCCUCCCCACAGAGUUUGCUGUUGUUUCAUCAUCCGGUCUUUUCUUUGGUUCUGUUCAAGACUUUUUGGCUCUUAAGGGCGAUGGCACAGACUACUUUCAUGAUAUCCAAGUUCUUGCGAAAGAUCGCAUUUACAAUCGCCUCAUCUUUGGUCUUCAUCCACGGUCCCUUCUUUUGUCCAGUCGCAGGGAAAUUGCUGCUUUCGACAUGCGUAGCAGAGCGGAAACGUGCUCCCGUAGUGUAUUGCUUGAUGUACGAGAACACUGGAAUCUUCCAUGGCAUGACCAUGGCAUUUCUAUAAUGAAACCGUUGGAGGCGAGGAGCUAUACGUUGUUUGUUGCGACGCAGACAUCUAUGAAUUUCGUUGACUUGCGAAUGCCGAGCAAUCCACUCCUCGACUGGUCCUUAAGCCUCCCGUUACCUCCUGAACAAGCCGCAUUAGUAUCACUGAAUACGAAUGGAAUCCGUUCUUCUGUUGUCACAAUAGGUUCUCGUCAAUCUGGGUACCUUGAGGCUUUUCAUUCUAUUUGCGAUCCAUCAAUUGGUCAACUUCCAUUGCAUGUUCCAGAUAUGAUCAGCAGAUCUGAAGCCACCAACUCCAAGGCUCCUGGAUUUCUGAAAAGGCCGAUGCUUUGGUCAGAUUUACCGCUUGGCCAUCUUCAACAAGUCAAGGAUACCCGAAGUGCCUUUGGAAUGGCGCUGAUCCCGUUUGACGACGAAGGACUCGUUUCACUUCUUCAAUGGACAGUAGAUGAUGGUUUGGUCGGACAAGUCUUGAAUUUGAGGGCAGCGGAAGACGAAGGACACGAGGACAUAGAAAAAGGGAUUGAACUGCCAAAGGGGGGGUCACUUGUAAUGUCUGAAUUUCAGAAACAGAUGCAUUCACGAGAAAAGAACUGUAAGAGGGCUUGGGAAACAUACCCUGUUCAACAUAGUAUGCCUGGUAGCUUUUUACAAGUUGGGACUAAACGUCUUCAAGUAUGUGACAUGUAUGACCUACGACCGUGCAUUCUCCGGAAUGAUGAAGAUGAUUCUGGUUUGGGUGGUUUCGAUACUCUGCCACGGCCCUUUUUAGGCGAUAUACCAAUGGCGUUGAAGAUUCGAAAUCAAUAUUUAUACAUUAAGGACAAGGGAACUGAAGUCGAAGAAGAAGUUUCUACGAAGAGCAAGCUUCAGGGGGAGUUACCGUUUCCACAGAAAGACUUCACUGACCUCGAAAACCGAGAUCCGUUUUCGUAUGGCGGCUUGACAAAGUCUCGAGAGUUGCAUGUUGCUCGCCAAUCCCUAGUGGCCAGCUCUCAAAGUGGGGAAUCGUUUGAUAGUAUUUGUGCGGAGAGAAAAACUAAUGACGAAGAUGGAUGUGCCAUUGAUGCAAUAGGAGGGGAGUUGCUCGAACCUGACGAUGGCGACGGACACAUGGACGAGUUGCUAGAGCAAAUUGGCGACGGGCAGACGCUAGAUGAGAUUGGACGUACAGUGCGGGGCGGAAUAGCACACAAUGCCACGCCAUUAGGUGUAGAUGAAUUGCAAUCGUCAAUGAAGGCUACCGGUUCGAUCCAUUCAUUUGAUGUGGAGUGGCACUCCAUGUGUGAAGAGGACCACACUGGGCGAGGGACAGCAGUGUCAACGAAUGGGGCGAUGCCUAACUGGGUGCAAACGACGGUUUAUUACUCAGAGAAUGUUCAUGUCGGGAAAGCUCUAGAGAUGUUGGCUAUAGAAGAAGAUUCUGGGUACGGGAAGUUGUUGAUGAAGAUGAAAACUUUGUUCACGGGGUUGCAGAGCACUGACGAGAACUCGCUGGAUGAAUGA